CGGCUGAGUGCGUGGACCAGCCAGCAGCCAUGAAAUCGAAAUAUCAACUCACGUUUCUCACAUUCGUUUCCACUUUGAUGGUAGCUAUUGUGUCGGCACAUGGCUGGCACUCUGGACAUGGCCAUACAGCCUGGAGCGGAGUGCCCACAUCCUACGUUUCCUUCGAUAUGUACGGCAACUGCUAUGCCCACGAUCGUCCAUUGGUGGGACGUUGUGUGCCACACAGAGACUGCAUCAGUGCGCUGCGAGCUGGUCCUCAAGUGACACCACUUUUCUGUCCUUCAGCCAGCCACGAACAGCUGGUGUGCUGUCCACACGGCGGCUACGUGCUGGGGGAAACGAGCCAAUCCAAGAGUGAACAAGCUUGCUCGAAGGCCUAUCCAAGGGGCAGACACAAGCGUAGACGCCGUCGCGAUACUUCGGCUGAACCUGAGGCACAUCCUGAGCCACAGCUGGAGCCCAUCAUCAAACGCCUGAAUCACAGCGAGAAUCAAGUAGUGGGCGGCAGACUCACGCAGCAACACGAGCAUCCUUACAUGUGCGCCCUCGGCUGGCGUUCGUCUCGACGCGGCAUUGGCAAUCAUUACACCUGGGGUCUAUCCCGAUAUGUGUACCACUGUGGCUGUGUUUUAAUUUCACGCAGAUUUGCCCUAACCGCUGGACACUGUGCGAAUGUUGGCGGGGAAUCCCCGGCAGUGGCGUUGAUUGGUGGCGUUGACUUGAACGACACUCGCGUCCAACGCAUUGAUAUCGAGCACAUUACGCGGCAUCCCCACUACGAUGAGGAGACGCUAACCGACGAUCUGGCUGUGAUCCAGCUGGCGCGGAGUGUACACCACCCAGUGGCCUGUCUGUGGACAGAGGAAUCCAUACCAGAGCGUCCACUGACAGCGCUGGGCUACGGGCAGACGAAGUUUGCUGGACCCCACUCCAAUCAGCUGCUGCAGGUGCUCCUCUAUCCCCUAGACAAUCCACGCUGCCAGCGUUAUGUCCAGCACUCUGACAAGUUGAGCAAUGGCCUGGGUCCAGGACAGCUCUGCGCCGGUGACUACUCCGGCCGCAUGGACACCUGCCAGGGCGAUUCGGGCGGUCCGCUGCUGCUGCUCCAACAACUCCAACACCGUCACCAGCGUGUGCCCUACGUGGUGGGUCUCACGUCCUUUGGCGGCGCCUGUGCCAGCGGCGAGCCAGGCAUUUAUGUGCGCCUGGUGCACUAUCUGAGAUGGAUAGAGGAAAUUGUUUGGAAAUGAGUGCAUUUUGUCUUUAUAAUGAUUUGAUUAAUUGGUUUUCAGUGGUUAUUAUUUGCA